AACUAGAAGAAGAAAAGCAAACACGUGUGGUUCCCUGUUACAGUGUGGGUUGCGCAGUGUCUGGAUAAAAGAAAUCGAAUCCAAAACAAGUGAACGAGAAUCGAUUUAUUUUAGUUCGAUCCGAAAUGACGAAGACGAAGAAGGAGAAGGUGUCUGUGGACGGAGAGGAGGCCGCAGCCGCCGACGGGAACGAGAAGUCUUACCACGAGCUGAUCGCUAACGUUAACCCCAUCGCCCAGCCGCUGGCCUCCAAAAAACUCAGCAAGAAGCUCUACAAAUGCGUCAAAAAGGCUGCCAAAGUAAAGAACAUCCGCAGAGGAGUGAAAGAAGUUCAGAAGUUUAUCAACAAAGGAGAGAAAGGCAUUGUGGUGUUGGCCGGUGACACACUGCCCAUCGACGUCUACUGUCACCUGCCCGUCAUGUGUGAGGACAGAAACCUGCCGUACGCCUACAUCCCCUCCAAAGGGGAUCUGGGCUCGUCUGCGGGCUCCAAGAGACCGACGUGUGUGAUCCUGAUCAAACCUCAUCAGGACUACCAGGACGCCUAUGACGAGUGCGUGGAGGAAGUGUCCAGCCUGCCCAAACCUCUGUGAGGCAUCGGCCAACCAGUGAGAUCACUGCCUUAAUUUAAAUAGACCCAUACUUCAAAUGAGCAGUCCGGCAUUCAAGGAAAUCCUCUUGUUUCUCAUCAGUAGCUCCAACAAAACCAACGUCUCCUUCCUACAUUUCUGUUUCUACGCCCCACCAAUAAACAACAAACAAGAGGUUGAAGUUUGGUAAGCAUUUUCCAGUCUUUGUGCUAAGCUAGGCUAAAACCGUCCUGGACCAUUUGACUUUUGAGAAGACAGGCAACAAGAAAGUUUUAAUAAAUGUUGGACUGUUUUUGUUUAUCCAAUAAUGUUGAAAACAAAGUGUGUACAUGAACAGAAUGGUUUGUGUUUAUGUAUCAACAACAUGCAGGAUGUUUCGAUCCCAUCUGACCAGAUUGUCAUUUCUGCAAGACGAUAAAAGUCCAAGCUAUCAUUUUCAAUCUAUUUUUGCAACAAGCUGCAGAUCUUCUUUCAGUAAAAAAAGUUGCAUCAUGUUCGGUUGGUUUUGUCGUGCAGGUGAAGCCAAUCAGAUUGUUUUAAGUUUGUGCUGCUGAGUGGACGAUGGCUGUAGUACAGAAUGAGAUAGCAAACUGGAAGUUCUGCGUUUAUAUAAGUCUUGGUUUUAAGAUGUCAAGAGCGUAAAAAAAACCUCAUUAUUUUGCAGAAAACAUUUAUUUUCUACCACUGUUUAACACAUCCUGAAGCAAAGUUUUUGUCUUUGAGCUCUGAAGGAUUUAGGUGUUUCUGCUGUAAAAAGUUAUGUUUUAUUUUA